AUGGUCGUGGCUAGCGGUCUGCAUCUUCAACCAGGAACAACCUACAGAGCUGCUGUCAAGUUCUGUGUAGUGAAUGUAUGUUCUAAACCCAUAUACAGUGACGGUGUGACUGUCAUAGCACAUCCUCCAACACCAGACAAUAUAUCGCUGACGUAUCGGGAAUCUAACAGUGGACAAGCACAGAUCCAGGUGAAGAUGGCUCGGUUCCGUGAUCCUGAUAUAAAGGUACUACAAGAAGCUUAUGACGUCAUGGAUAGAUACGAGUGGGGUCUGACAGAUGACAGUCACAAAGACAAAAUGUUGAUAGACUGGCAGACGGUGGAUGCUGAUGCUAUUGAAAGUGUGGCUGAUGACAAGAUAAGUUUCACUCUAAACCUGCCAAAACUGAUUCGCUUUACCAAGUGCAGAAGAGAAUCAGUCAGGGGCUACAACCACGUAGGUUUACAUACAACGGUGUCAGCAGAUGUCAAAGAAUGUGCAGCAUAUAAUCCUCCAAAUAUCGUGCCUGCAGUUGUUCUAGAUGUUAUCGGAGCAAACAACGAAAAUGUUGGUCAAGGAAUAACCUUAGAUCAGAAUAGUCACUGGAAUGAUGCUGACUACACUCCCUACAAGAACAUCCUGUCUGCUGUGUGGCCGACGCUACGUCACAGGAACUACACGUGGGCAGUGGUUUCAGGUGACCAGUUGGACCCCUCAUCUCACUACAAGAGAGAGACUCUGAUGAUCGUCACUGACCCCUGUAGCAUGCCGGGUGUCAUCAAGUGUGGACACACAGUGAACGAGUUCAUCAACGUGGAGUUUGCAGAGCUGUCCUACUUACAACACGGCAGGAGAUUUUAUGUGUGCAUCCAUGCUGAUGACAAAAACACUCGUUUUGAGAAGUGGACAUCACCUCUGACUGAAGUGAACGCCUGCAGUGACGGCAUCACUGUUGAUCUGACUCCACCUACACCGGGGACAGUGAACAUCGACAACCUCAUAGACGGGACAUUUCAGGUUAGCAAAACAGAAGUUGCAAUUAGCUGGACAACUUUUGUUGAUGUGGAAGAGGAAGGAUUCUCUGCUCAUGCUGCUGGGAUUGCCUUUUAUGAAGUUGCAGUGGGUACGUUCCCUGGUGGACAAGAUGUCGUCAUUUACACCCGUGUUGGAUAUGUAAACAAGUACAUUCUACACAGGCUCAACCUGCAGACUGGAAGUACAUACUAUGUUUCAGUGAGAGCCACAGAUUUUGUGAAGAAGACAACAGUUGCUGUAUCAGGGGGUUUCCUUGUCGACGCCACACCUUCAGUACUAACAGGGCAACACAUUGACGUGGAGGGACGAUACAUUACAUCACGUCUUAUACAUGUCUGCUGGAGGAACGUUUUCUUUAGACGAGGAAAGUGGAAUAAAGUCAUACAGCGUUGCUAUGGGCACCAGACUUGCGUAUGCUGAUGUGUCAGAGUACAAGAUGACCGUUGAGGACUGUUUGGACAUUGACACACUUAAUAAAACAGAGGAUGGUCACUCGUAUUAUAUAACUGUGAAGGCCAUCAACGGUGCAGGUCUGUACACACUGUCCUCAUCACGACCUCUGGUUGUGGACACCACGGCUCCAUCUACUGGCCA